AUGGAUAAGCGAGACGGACAGCCACCCGAGCCUGGAGGGGAGGACCACACGCAGCAGCAAGAGGACGGGCAGACGACACAGCCACCGCCGGUGAGCGCCGCGGGUGGCGCAGCUGCUUCGCCUGCGGCGUCGAGGCGCUGGUCGUCGUCUUCUUCAUCUUCGGUUGUUCCGGUGGGGCGCAGAAAGCGGUCAACGCCCAGGCACCGACCCUACGAAGCGGAAGAUGACGAUGAGGUCACAACAACGGAGAUUGAGGUCGAAGAAGAGCUGGACGACAGCGACUACAGCGAUCGAUAUGAGGAAGAAGAAGAUGAGGAGAAUGGGAAGCGCAGGUCAAGGAGAUUGCUGGGCAGCAGCACGUCGAGUAUCGACCUCAACAGCUCGGGCGAGGGCAAGACGUUGCGGAAUCGCAAGGGCUUUGUGGUGAAGUUCACGGCGUUGGAUAAUCGCGGGUCGAACUUGAGCUACGUCUGCGACCCUAAGGCCGGCGAGGGCAAGUCGCAGUGGAUCUACAUUCCACAACCUGGUGGCCCGCAGCCCUACAUUUGGCAGUUCGAGUGGCGCACUUCCUACGCCUGCCCGACCGGCGGCGGAGGCGGCGGUGACAAGUUCUACUUCAAGAGGGAGGGACUUGCGCUCAUCCCCAACAGCCAGUUCUGGUUGGUUCUUCCGGGCCUCGUCAAGCAAAAUCUAAUGGUGUGGUGGGGCGUAUAA